AUGAAGCAUUCGCAAUACGAAACGGACUACCAAAACGCCAAAACCGCCAUCGAUGCUGGGAACAUGACUGACGGUCUUGCUGCCUGCGAAAGUCUACUCACAGAUCCUGACCUACCUCGCUACUAUCGCAUCAAGACGCUUAUUCUUCUAGCUUCAGCAACCAAAGAAUGGCGCCAGAAAGAGAGCUUGCGUCUACGUGCCGAACACACCUGGACCGAAUCUCGAAGACUGCAUCCUGAAGGCCAAAACACCACCACAGAUACCGUACUAGCAGAAUUGCGAGAAUCACUAGAUGAACUCAAAACAGAACAACAGAAGACCAUGCCGCCAGACUAUGAAGAUGAAUUAUCUGCUGUUCUGGCUGAGACGGAAAUCGAAGAUCUGGCUGAUAUUGCUGAUGGAGAGAUUGAGACGCUGGCUGAUGAGGAAUAUGCUCGUGACCAACGCGCUAGUGAUGAGCCGCUAAUCAGUCACACGGCAUCUGCUGUUGUCGAUGUGGACACAGCUGAACAAGAGAUACCUUCCUCGUCGCCGAAUUCUUCGUUUGCGCCUGCGUCUUCACUGAAGGCAUCACAGGAGAUCUUGGCUCAUCAUGUACGCGAUGGUCAGACCGCUGGCUCGAGGAUGGUGCAUCGUAUUCGUGGUGUUGGAAGACGUGCUUCUUGA